AUGCUGGACACCAUACAACUGGUGUUUUACCGCAAGCAACUACAAAUGCUUGGCAUUGUGACAUAUGUGGAGCCAAAUCUAGAAGAAGGGGAUUUGAGGCAACUUUUGAUAUACUACCCAGAGUUAGUUGCCCCACAGGUCAACCAAUUAGUUCAGGUAGCUCAAAAAUGCCAAAGUACGAUUUCUGAAAGUGGGUCAGACGGGGUUUCUCAACAUGACUUACAAUCAAACAACAACAUGGUCCUAAUUGUUGGGCGUCAGCUUGUGAAGAGUUUGGAGCUACAAUCACUAAAUGACUUAGGCUUUUCAAAAAGAUUUGUGAGAACUUUGCAGAUUUCUGAGGUUUGCAAUAACAUGAAAGAUCUAAUUGAUAUCAGUUCUGAUCAAGAUAUCUGA